UAUCCGUUUAAACUGCAGCAGCAGUCGUCUUGGGAUAUAGAUGAAAUAAACCGUGUGUUUGUCAGCUGUUACGAUAGUUGUUAUUUAUUUAAAACAUAAAUUGAUGGUGAUUGGCGGGAUAGUAGAUUAUGAUUCGACCACCUGCACGGCAUUAACAUUUCAAACACUGACGGUCAAGGCUGCUGUUUUAGCUGAACGUUUAUUAUUACAUUUGAAAAACAUGUCUGGACCAAAUGGAGAUCCCAACGUUUCUAUAGGAGUAGACGAAGAAGAGGAGUUUAGCGAAGAAGAGUAUGCAGCAAUCAACGCCAUGCUGGACCAGAUCAACUCGUGCCUGGACGACCUGGAGGAGCGCAACGACAGUCUCAACACCAAGCUGAAGGAGCUGCUGGAGUCCAACCGGCAGGCGAGGCAGGAGUUCAGGCAACAACUAAACGAGGGGCUGGCCCAGACUCCGCCAUCACCCCCACCACCAUCAUCAGAGCAGGGGGGCAGGGAGGAGCACUGAGGAGCAGCCCAUGAAGCUGCCCUCUCAGCCUCCAAGGACCAGAGGAGUCAGUGAGGGAGAGCAGGACUUUGAGUAGAAGCUGGGUGAGGCACCAGCAACAGAAAAGAGCAGGGGUAAGUUAGGCUUGGUCCUGAGGUUCAGGGGGCAGAAAAUACCAAUAUACUUGCCAAAGACAAACAAAAUAGCAAGUAUAUGAUAAAUGCAUUGUUAGUUCAGCAACUUCACAUUCCAGUAUGUGGCUAGUACUGCAUCUACAGCUAGUAAUAUUGUUAACCCUGCUCCAAAAACAACUUUGACUUAUAUAUAGCGCCUUGUCAAAUACAAUAUCUAAAAGAGAUGUAAACAAACCAAUCAUAAAAUCAGGACAUAAACUCCAAAACCAGAUUUGGCUAUAAAAGCUUCUCAAGGGCUUAUACCAAAUGCGAGAGUGAACAGAUACAGUGCUGAGAAAGUUUGUGAACCCCUUAGGAUUUUCACAUUUUUCAAACCUAAAAUGUUAUUAGAUCUUAA